CAAUCAAAUGGCUUGGGGGCGCGGUUUUCCCCUGAUCAUCUUGGGAAAAGAAAACUCGCCUCCCAGUCGAGGAAAAGCGGAAGUUCCACUGAGUUGCUAUUGCUAACUGUUCGCGUCUUACUCGGUACUUAUUGAGUUUUAAAUGAUAACAUGUUCGGUGGAGACGAUGAAGAUGGAGAUUUCUUGUCACCCAAGGGCGGGGCCAAGUUGGCUUCCCUUUUUGGCCUUGAUGAAGAAAUCAAUCAAGGGAAUGAGUCCUUGCAUUAUACAGCACCAAAACAGCCAAGAAAGAGCUCAAAUCCAGUCUCAGUCAUCCAGACAGCAGCACUUUCACCUGGAAUCUUACAAGUGUUAUUUGCCACGGCAGUCCAAGCCUUUCGAUAUAUAAAUGGACAGUACGUGAAGCAAGGAAAGCUGGGGGCAGCCAUACUGGGGAACCACAUGAGUAAAGAGUAUAAACUGCUUCUAUACUUGAGCCAGCAGAAAAAAGUUGCUUCUGCCAACAUUCACAUUGACUUCAUUUUCACGUUACAGUCCAACAAUUACUGCACAUUUUAUGAUGACCUCAGGCAGAAUUGGUCCCUCAUGUUUGAAUCUGAGAAAUCAAUGUCUAACUUCUGUAAAGAGGUGUGUUUGGCAAAGGCAAACAGCUGCAAUGUUUUAGAUUCAGUGGUGACACAAGAUCUGAGUCUCGGGGAAGGCCAGGCAGUACAGUACGGUGACUCUUUGGAGGUGACGUACGGAGGCUGGCUCUUACAGAACCACACAAUUGGACAGAUGUUUGACUCCAACCAGAAGAAAGACAAAUUGUUACGACUGAAAAUUGGUGCUGGAAAAGUAAUUCAAGUUGUGGUUCACCUUCAUUGGAGUCCAGCUGUGUUUGAUUAUUCCGAUUGGAUAUGAUUAAUAAAGCCACACAUCUGUCUAUGUAAGACCUUACAGCUCACAGUGCAUGUCAGAACAAAUGACACUGACACCUAAAACGUGAAUUCUAGUAUGUUGUCUAACCGAAACAAAUAAGAAUAAUAUCUGCCAAACAAAUAUGAGCGUUGGGACGACCCGAAAGAAACGUACUUCAUUUUUUCAGGGUUCAUUUGUUUACAGCACGCAGGUGGAUGAUAUUUUGUGCAGACUAUGUAAUUUGAAUUGGGUUACUGACUGUAAGGUCGUGGUGGGGGAGAGUGUAGCCCGACAGCAUAGGAUGGUGGUGUGUAAAAUGACUCUGGUAGCGGGUAGGAAGAUUAAGAAGGCAAAGGUCGCUUGUGCUAAGUAGAUGGAAUGAGUACUUUGAGUAGUUUAUUAAUGAAGAAAAUGGGAGAGAGGGAAGAGUUGAAGAGGUAAGCGUGAAUGACCAGGAAGUGGCAAUGAUUAGUAAGGGAGAAGUUAAAAAGGGCACUGAACGGAAUGAAAAACGGAAAGAUAGUUGGACUCUUUAGGAAUAAUUGUGAUCAUAAUUAUCAUACAUUUGCUUCCAAUAAAGAAAUGCUUUGCUCUGCCCUAGAUAACGUGGCAGCCUCCUAGCAGGAGAUAGCAAGAACAAAAACAUCAUCAGAACUGUUAGAACUGCUGCCUGUUAAAGAAAUGAUGACCACACAUGUAUUCAGCAAUCUUCCACACAUGCACACGCACGUGAACAAACAUGUAGACCUUGUUUCAAACUGUUUUGCUUGUCGUCUCCUUUUUGUAACAUCCAUGUAAAUAAGGGCGUCUUAAAACUAAAUAAAUAGAGGUGCUGAGGAGAGGAUAAUCAGAGAGUGCAGUGGUGAAUUGUACGAGACAGUUCCUCUCCUCUCUCCUCGCGAGACUUGAACUGGUGUCUUUGCUUCGUUUUUUGUCCUGUUUAAUGAAUGUCUGAUUGGUGAACCUGACAUUUACUUGGUCCUUCGAGCCGGAUCUCAGGAUACCUGAGGUUUCCAGGGGCCGAGUCGACGUCCAGGCAAAGACCGUGGCCACGGCACUUGAGACCCUUUCCGGGACUGGGCCUCGACUUUGCGCCUGGAGGCUGAGGGUUGACGAGAAGCCGAAGGAAGUGAAGACAUCUCUGGUGAGUAGGAAACUCCCACACUCAUGAGGAAUGAGUGAAUGGGCGUCUGGGUGACUGCGGCAGAACCAAACCUUGAGAAUACUAGUCACUAUCGAGUAGACUAAUUAGUCUAUAAAACUGAGAAAAGGGGAAGGUGUGUCCUGUCUGUGAGCUCCGUGAAACAUGUGUAAAAGUGUGAGUGGAGGUUCGCUACCUCAUUUGAACAGGAAAUUGAGUGACAACUGUUUGAGGAUGCAGAGGUAAGAAUUCUCCGCCACUUGUGGUAGAAGCUUGAGAAUUACCUCAAACGGAGUGUAAUUGUCACCCUGUUCAGUGGGAAGGAAUGCGCUUAAUUCCCUCUCUUACAGGAAAAAUAGAAGUAAAAAAAAAAAAAAAAAAGGAAUUACUGGGAGGAAAGUUAAAUAUUUUAUAAAAUAGGAAUCCAGCGCUCUAUUAUACCUUACAUAUUCCAAACAAACCUCCCACAAGAACAGGAGAUUUCUUGCUGCAAACAGCUCAAGACGUGAUUGAACAACCACAAACUGACGUAGGAAGUGACUCAAUGCAUGUGACAAUGUAGUAUAAGAUAAACUUAUAACAGCCCACACCAGACAAAAUCAUGAUUAUCUGUACUCAGAUGGUAUAUCAGUCGUGGUGACAGGAACAAGACUGAUUGACAAACUAAAUGCACUACACAAGGAAUGGACACCACCACACACGUCAUUAUAACAGGAGUGGGAGAGUUUGGGACAAUUUGUUUUGGUAGUACGAAAUGUUCCUGAUUGGACAGAAAAAGAACCAGAUUUGGAUUGGGACGACUGAACUGUACAGACAAUAUAUAUAUAUAUUGGACAGUCUUAAACAAUCUGAGACCAGAUGCUGCUGUAUUCACGGUGGUAUCACAAUCUACACAGACAAUACUGGAAAAAUAAAGGAAUAGUGACAACGACAGGGAACACAGUGACAUAUGCAGAGCUACUACAAAAUUUGCUCAUAGCAGUUCAAUUACCAAAAGAAACAGCCAUUUGUAAAUGUGCAGUACAAACAUCAAAUACAGAGAAAGAAUCAUUAGGAAAUGUAUUUACAGAUAAAACAGCAAAAGAAACAGCAAAACCUUUAUGGGAUUAGCUGACCAUGUAACAAAUGAAGACAUACUUUGAGAUGUUGUGUUAAACAAAAUGCAACAACAAAGCUUACCAGCAGAACUAAAAAUGUGGAAAAAAUAAGGUACUACAUUAUAAAAUUGGAAUUAUGUCAGCACAGAUACAAAAAAAUUCUACCUAAAACAUUUUUUAAGUGGGCGGCAAUCUUGAGCCAUGGGAAGUCUCAGGUCUCAACAGGGGGAAUGGUAGCCCUGGUACAAAGGCAUUACAUGAUCCAUGGAUUUAACUUGUAUGCAAAAACUUUUUUUUUGUAGGGCUUGUUUGAUCUGUGUGCGACAUAAUCCACAAGGGAAUGUGCAUCCAAAACGUGGUCAGUUUCCUCAAGCUACACAUCCGUUCAUCCCUCCAUCCAUUUUCUUAGCCGCUUAUCCUCACAAGGGUCAUGGGGAGGGCUGGAGUCUAUCCCAGCUGUCAAAGGGCAGGAGGCAAGGUACACCCUGACCUGGUUGCCAGCCAAUUGCAGGUCACAUGGAGACAAACAGCCGCACUCACAACCACACGUAGGGGCAAUUUGGACACAAUGAUAGAUUUAGUCUUACUAUACAUACAUUACAAGCAUGUAAGGGUCUCAUUCCAUUCAAAGCACUGUUUGGGAGACCAUACAAAUGACCAAUAUUUUCCAAACAACACAGAGAUAGACGAAUGAUGAAGAGGAAAAAAAAACCCACACAAGUGGGUCCCUUUCAGGAGUUAUUAACAACCCCAAACAGCUUAAAAAAUUGCAAAAAGGGGUACUUGAGUUCAUUUGUUGAUUGUAGGAAAGUUAUUGCUUUUGAAACCAUUGUUAACACAAACAAAACUAAUUUGUUUUUAUUGGCCACUUGUAAGAUAGCUGUUCUCAUUCCCACUGCCAAGGUCGCUGUAGUCCGGUUACACAUAGGAGUGAGACUGCUGUCAUAAUGGUGACUAAACAGUUAAAUUUUGCUGUUGGGUGUUGUAUGAAAACGCUACCGUUAUUUUCAUUUCUCUGUUCGAGUAGUACCUGUGGGAACCACUCAAGGUCCCACCCCAAAAAAAAAAAUAAAAUAAAAUAAAAACAAAAAACAAAUUUGAUAACUACAUACAAAAAACGUGUCCAAAAGAUUGUGUUGUUUGCAUAGAUCCAGAGAUAAUACCAAUGCUAUUAAUUGAUAACGAAUGCAAAAAAAAAAAAAAAGUUGGGAUUCUGUGUUUCCAUUAACUUCUUUUGAAAAACAAAAAUACAUUGUUUUCUAAUGGCAUGUCACUAGGAAAUUUCACAUGCAUCAAUUUGAUAGGACUAGAAACAAAUUUUAUCAGCGUUGAUGUGUAAAGCCAUUUUUGUGCCAUUGUCAUGGUGGUGUGGCAUUAACUGUCUUUUUUUAUUUUUUUACGCCGGAUGCCUUUCCUGACGCAACCCGUCUGCAUUUAUUCGGAGAGAGAGAGCUGGAGCCAAUCCUAGCUAACGUCGGGCAGCGGCAGACUACACCCCAAACUGGUCGCCAGCCAGUCACAGUGCAGAUAUCGACACCAUCACUGAGCGGGAAUCAAACCCACGCUGCCUUCACUCGAAAUGUCCUUCUGAGGGAAACCCGAACUACAACGUGGCCCGCAAGAGAAAUGAGUUUGACAUCCCUGCACUACACCAUCCAAAAAAAAAAAAAAAAAUUAGCAAGUUACUGUGUUUUUAUCACCUUAUUUCUGCCAUUUGUCUAUUCAUCCUAUGUCUGUUUAUGAAUUAACAUCUACUGUACAUGCAGUUUUACCCGAACACUGGCGUAGACUGAGCAAGAGCUGAAUGACAUGGACAAAAUAGCAGAAAGAAACACGUGGAUACACCUUACACACUGUAAAAGGUCAUCUCAGCUGAGUCACCCAAGGGGAAAGGUGAGCAAAGACCAGCAUACGGUGGGUGCAGAUUUAUAGUAUCUGAAAAUACCUGAAGGCUGGUGAAGAUUUAAAAGACACUUGACUCAUUUAGGGGUGACUUGGUCGACAUGACUUCAAAAUGGCUAAAUAAUAUGAUAGCAUGUUGGGCUGCAACAUUGACAGCCGUAAUGAUAUUUUUGUUCAUAUGCUACUUUUGGACACCUGUAAAGCUGACAAAAAAAUGCAUAAAUAAUUAUACUCAGUCAACUAUGCCUACCACACAUAUAAAGAGGCGCAACCUCCUUUCAAAUAACAUUGGUAAACAACUAUGCGGGAGUCACCAAGGCAUGAGAGGAGGACUCCAUGUGUGCCUCCAAGUGAAUCAGUUCAGCACUUUUUCAAUUCCUUCGCAGAGUCUAAUUGCUGGGGAUUCCAUCUUUGGGCUUAUGCUAAAUGAAACCCCCACUUUCUUCUCACCAUUUGCCAAUUUAAUGCUACCUUAAACCCGAAUGCCAUACAAAAGAGUACGUAUGCUAUGGAGGGAGUAUUUUAACCGAAAAACCUGAGGAACAUUUUUUUCAUGAUUAUGAUUAUUUUUUUUUACAAAUAGGUAACAAAACUGGUUGUUAUUAAUGUAGAAUGCAGCUAAGGUAAACUAUAGUUACAUCACAUGCAUGGGCCUUGGGCCACUAAUGUGUCAUUCCAACAGAAAUCCCAACACAAUGUACCCUGGAGGUAAUGACUAAAACAACUCCGAACACCGCUUGUCAGAAAUUGUUUAUCCAACAACUAAGGCAGUAAAUGAUAAACUGAUAUUAUCUACUAAUGUUGCAUUGGCUGAUUUCUCCUGUGUUAGCUUUACAGGGACAGAUUUUAAGGUGGGAAGUCUCAACAAAACAUGGUGUCAUGAUAUCCAUCUGCAAACUGCCCCACUGCUCCCAUGCAGUGAUUUGUUGUGGUGGUGUGUUGGUCAAAAGUUGUAUGACACACUGAUAAAUGCAGCAGGAACGUGUACACUGGUAUCACUGCUCUUAUCUGUGACUGUGUUUCCAUCCAAAGCAGAGGAUAUACAAUUGGCCGCAUCCAUCUUUGGACCUCCCCUUGGGUUCUCCCGAAGGCGAAGGUCCUCUUGGAAAGAUGGAGAUCUGACAUACAUUGAUGCAAAUGGCAUCCCAACUGCAUACCAGAUGACUAUAAGUUGGUUUACGAGAUUGCUGCAGGAUGGGAAUCCAUCUUGUUAUGGAUAACUCUGAAUAAAAACGUUGACAGACUCAACUACACACAUUACAAUGUACAGAAACUAGGUAAUUAUACGGAAGCAGGCUUUAUUGCCAUUAGGGAACAACAAGCUGCAACCUCACUCAUGACGUUCCAGAACCGCAUAGCGUUCGACAUGCUCCUGGCCGAGAAGGGUGGCGACUGCUCAAUGUUCGGUGACCAGUGUUGUUUAUUCCAAAUAUCACAGCACCUGAUGGGUCACGCACAAGAGCAAUUUAAGGCCUCCGCACCCUGAACCACAAGAUGAAGGAGUACUCUGGUGUAAACACAUCAGCCAGGUCUGACUAGUGGGGGGGGGGGGGGGUUGUGUGGAAGUUUGGCAAAUCUAAAAAUUUGGUGUUCUCUGUCCUAGUUUCUAUCGCUGUUUGCAGCUAUUCUUGCAUUGUGUGGAUGUUAUUAUAUUCCCUGCAUAAAGGCAUCACUUAACCAACUUAUAACCACUGCUAUUGCCCCGACAAAUUCAAAUUUGCCAGAAAUAUAUCCGUUAUUGGCACAACAGAGUAAUGACAGUGAUAUUGUUGACCACGAUGAUGACGUUAUGACUUUUCUUCCAGACCUGUUCUCUGAUCCUGAAGAUUACAAGUAAUUAGUGCUAUAUUUUCCUCCGAGUGUAAGCCGAAAGGGUUAUCUAUUCGAUGAUUUAAGGAUUUGAGCAAAUGUAGGAUAAACAGGAGGAUAAUGUAGAAAUAAUUGUAAAUGGUAUUAAGUUACUGUUUCUGCCUGCAAUGAAGAAAUGCUUUGCUUUGCUUCAAUUCAGUUCCUGUUCCUGCCUGCAAUGAAGAAAUGCUUUUCUCUGCUCCAAUUCAGUUACUGUCUCUGCCUGCAAUGAAGAAUGCUUUGCUCUGCUCUAGAAAACGUGGUAGCAAAUGUAGGAUAAACAGGGGGGAAAUGUAAGAAUAAUUGUGAUCAUAAUUAUUCCUACAUUUAUCAAUAUAACAGUGGUGAGGCCACCCAUGAUGUACGGCGUAGAGAUGGCACUGAAGAAACACCACAAAGCAGAACUUGAGGUAGCAGAAAUGAAGAUGUUGAGGUUCUCGCUCGGAGUAAGCAGGUUGGAUAGGAUUAGAAAUGAGCACAUUUGAAGGACAGCCAAAGUUGGAUGUUUUGGAGAGAAGGUUCAAGAGAGCAGACUUCAAUGGUUUGGACAUGUUCGGAGGUGAGAGAGUGAGUAAAUUGGUAGAAGGGUGCUUUCGAUGGAGCUGCAAGGCAAAUGAUCGAGAGGAAGACCAAAGAAAAGGUUGAUGGAUGUGGUGAGGGACGACAUGAAGACUGUGGGUGUUAGUGAGGAAGAUGCACGAGAUAGGCUUCGAUGGAAAAAGAUGACGCACUGUGGCGACCCCUAAUCGGGACAAGCCGAAAAGAAGAAAAAGUUUCAUUUUUUUUACAGCAUGUCACAUUGUUGCAGUAUAUUUAAUUUUUUUUUUCAUCUUUCCCCAUGUAAAAUCAGUUGAUUGUUUUGGAUUGAAGAAGAAGCCGAAAGUGACUUAUUUUGCAGACACCUUCAGCUGCAGAGUGGAGUGUAUUUACCUUGUACAGGUCAGAAAUUAGGUGUUUUUUCUGCGCGUGAGCCAAAAUGCCGGCUCGUUUGUUGCUGGAUUUUGCUCCGUCAGAGAUGUUCCUAGAAAAACAGCUAAGACAAGCCUGAGGACUGUAUAUAGUGAACUCAAACCAACCAAGAUUGUCUUUCUCACGAGGGACAGAUGGAGGACACACUGUGUGAGUGCGCUUCCUCAGACUCCCAAAGUGGUAGUCCGUCUGCUCUUUUUAUUGCAUUCUCAGGUCAAAGGGUUACAUGGUUACACAGUGAAAAUGCUGACACAGAUGGCUACACCAACAGCACAUAAACACUAAGGUACAUGUUUCUUCAAGGCUGCAAGAGUGUCCUGAUAAACCCACAUGAGAAGAAGCAUGGCAUUGUUUAAAGACAUGUUUAUGGCAUUUGGGGGUAUCAUCUUGUGGUAGAAAGGCGUUAUCUCCUCCCAGUGUUAAGGAGUAUCUUCUUAAGAUCAGAAGGGAAACAUGCUGAGGUCAGGAUGAAGACAUCGCUUCCCAGUGUUCAGGAUUAUCAGCUUGAGGUCGGGAGGGGGGCAUCGCCUCCCAGGUCUCACUGGGUCACACUUCAAGACACGCACGCAGCUCACAAUGAGAACAAUUCAGACUAGGACUAACAGAAACAAACUCAUGAUAAAACAAUCCUAACAGCAACUAUAGUAGUAAUGAUAUACUUUUGUCAUGAAAAACUAACAUGGUAAUAAAUUCCUUAUCAUGCUCGAUUGUUUUUUUUUCGUUUGUUUCUUUUGAAUACCCAUUGAUGAAAUAGAAUUCCCAAGUCACAGAGAACUACCCACUACAAAAACGCUAAACAUAUUUUAAUGUAUAUAGUGGAUUCUUUGUGUAAAUGUAUGUUUGUGUGCCCUGCAUUACCGCAUCAGCCAAUAUUACACAACAUAAUUAACUUUAAACAUUUUUUCAAACUGAGUUCACGUUGAUGAUUACUAAACAUCAUCCGAAUGAAAAUGCACACCUGGGCUGUGUCAUUCGCGUCAGUGGAUUCGUCCAACUACAGUGAGAAACUUACAAUCUCCAGUGUCCUUCCACACAUCAGCCAUGGCUUCACAGCGUCGUGUAACUGUACUCCUUUACAGCUUUAGAGAUUUAAUUGAAGAUAUUAUAGAUAAUCCGCCUUAUUUUUAAAAGAUUGUUUUGGAAGGACUUCUUAUUAACAAAGAUGUGAUGAACCUGGAAACGGUGUUUCAGUGGCGGCUUUCGCUGUUGAACUUUAUUGUGUGAAAAGUGACUGCUGUGCGGCCAGUUGGGAUUUUAGUUCGUUCACUUUCCUCAUUCUCAGCUUGGUUUUCGGCAGAAUGUCGGUGUCGUAUUUUCCAUGAAUCGUUUGAAAAUGCCGCUCCACAUUUCACUGGCAGAUGUGGCAAACGCACUUUGAAAAUGACUUCGUGAAAAAGUUGUCCGCCUCCCAUUCCGUAUGAAAGUAAUGUUUUGGAAAUUGGACAAAAUAUGUCACUGCAUACAGUGAAGAAAAUAAGUAUUUGAACACCCAGCUAUGUUGCAAUUUCUCCCACUUAGAAAUCAUGGAGGAGUCUGAAAUUUUCAUCAUAGGUUUCACUGUGUCCACUGUGAGAGAGAUAAUCUAAUAAGAAAAAUCCAGAAAUCACAAUGUAUGUUUUUGUUUAACGAUUCAUUUGUGUGAUACAGCUGCAAAUAAGUAUUUGAACACCUGAGAAAACCAGUGUUAAUAUUUGGUACAGUGGCCUUUGUUAGCAAUUACAGGGGUCAAAUGUUUCCUGUAGUUGUAGGCUUGCACAGACUGCAGGAGAAACAGAUCAUCUCUAGAUCAGACAGGUUUCUGGGCUGUCGCUGAGAAACACAAGAGUUUCAGGUCCCUCCAAAGAUUUUCUAUUGGGUUUAUGUCUGGAGACUGGCAAGGUCACACCAGAACCUUGAUAUGCUUUUUUAUGAAGCCACUCCUUGGUUUUCCUGGCUGUGUGCUUCAGGUCAUUGUCAUGUUGAAAGACCCAGCCAUGACCCAUCUUCAAUGCUCUGAGUGAAAGAGUUUGUACCCCAAAAUCUCACAAUGCAUGGCCGCGGUCAUCCUGUCCUUAAUAGAGUGCAGUCGUCUUGUCCCAUGUGCAGAAAAACACGCCCAAAGCAAGAUGCGACCACCCCCAUGCUUCACAAUAGGGAUGGUGUUCUUGGGAUGGAACUCAUCAUUCAUCUUCCUCCAAACACAAUUAGUGGAAUUAUGACCAUAAAGUUCUGUUUUGGUCUCAUCUGACCACAAAAUAUUCUCCUAUGACUCCUCUGUAUCAUCCAAAUGGUCAUUGAAAAACUUAAGACGGGCCUUGACAUGUGCUGGUUUAAGCAGGGAAACCUUCCAUCCCAUGCAUGAUUUCAAACCAUGACGUCUUAGUAUAUUGCCAACAGUCCUUGGAAACAGCAGUCCCAGCUGUUUUCAGGUCAUUGACCAAGUCCUGUCGUGUAGUCUUGGGCUGAUUCCUUGGUAAUUUCUCCGGUGCCCUUUCCAGCAGAUUUAGACCCCAGGAGGAGAUAUCUUGCAUGGAGCUGCACUCCUUGAGAUUGACCAUCAUGUUUAGCUUCUUCCAUUUUCUCAUGAUUGCUCCAACAAUGGACCUUUUUUUCACCAAGUUGCUUGGCAAUUUCUCCCCAGGCCUUUCCAGCCAUGUGGAGCUUUACAAUUUUGUCUCUCGUAUCUUCGGACAGCUCUUUGGUCUUGGGCAUGUUACAAGUUUGAGUCUUACUGAUUAUAUGGGGUGGACAGGUGUCUUUAUGCAGCUAAUGACCUAACACAGGUGCAUCUGAUUCAGGAUAAUACAUGGAGUGGAGGUGGACUUUUAAAGGCAGACUAACAAGUCUUUGAUGGUCAAAAUUCUAGCUGAUCGAAAGGUGUUCAAAUACUUAUUUGCAGCUGUAUCACACAAAUUGUUAAUCAUACAUUGUGAUUGCUGGAUUUUUCUUUUUAGAUGAUCUCUUUCACAGUGGACAUGCACCUACGAACCUCCAUGAUUUCUAAGUGGGAGAACUUUCAAUAUCGUAGUGUUCAAAUACUUAUUUUCUUCACUGUAAUGUGAAAUCAAGUUUAUCUAAGUUUGUUAAUUGGUUCCCAUCAGUUAUUAUUGCUUUUGUUGUUGUUGCUAUGAUUAUCUUUUUUUUUUUCGCGUGUUGUGCAUUGCUUGUGUGCAAUGCAUUUUUUUUAACUCACUGCAUUUUUUUCUUGUUGCCAGAAUGGGUAUCACCCAAGGGUUCUGAUAACAAGAAAAUUUGAAACUUAAAGAAACUUCAAGUUUUACUUGAAGCAAAUAUGUAAAUCAUUGUACAUUUGUUUUUGGAACAUUUGUUCUAAAAUGCUCUGAGGUAGUGUCAUUUUUCUUUUUUUGACUACUAUGAUUAUUGUUAUUGUUUCCCUCUUAAGGUUAAUUUUUUUAACUCACUUACGGCUAUGACCUUGGUUGAGGUUGACCAAUUAGAUCAGAUUUGUUGGGGGUUUAUUUGGAAAUGAAAGAAAGCCUCCUAUUCUGUCUUUCAUAAAGGUAUUAUUAUCCCAUUGUUAAAGAAUGUAAAAUAAUUGUAUACCUUUUUUCUUUUACUUUCUUUCCAUCUCUGUUUUUAUAUAAAAGUGUGGGGGAAAAAUAUAUAUUAAAAAAAAAAACAUGUGCACUUGUCCACUGGGGGGAUCAACAAUUGUUUUUUUUUUCUCUCAAUAUUGGGUUCUGUGUACAUUUAAUGAGAAGUUUGUUUUGCAAAUGGUUGCAAUAUAAUAGUGAGAAAUUGAAAAGGAUCUGAAUACUUCUAUAACCACUCUAAAUGGAAGGCCACAAUUUAGAACAUACACAUCCAUCAAAGGUGAACUCUUCAUAAAAAAGAAAAAUCAAAGAGCUUUAUUUGUCUGUGAGCAGCCUAGGUUGUAAUUAAUUCAGGUUGAAUAACAGACACUGGUGUCAAUAUUCUGAGGUUUGGACAGUGCCAAUGGUACCAUAUUAACUUCAUAAAAAAAGAGAAAAUAAAUGCACCCUUAUCCAGAUCCACACAAUUUGGUUGUUGAAAUCUAAAUGGUUAUUCCUUCAUGCACCUUUCCUCUUGUUUUACAGUCUCCAAUUUCCAUGGUUGUGAGAUGUUUAUUAUAAUACCAUAAUAGCCAAAUAUCAAGUCAAAAAUCCAAAUGCAAAUGAACAGAAAAUAAUGAUUCUGACAAACUUUCUUACAUAUGUUUACGGAAAAAGUGUGCAGCAUGCACCAAGAAUGAUCUUUUUUUUUUGUCUUGCUUGAACACCUUUAUUUUUUCAUACCUUU